UAGAGUGCGUUCCAGGACAGCCAGGGCUAUACAGAGAAACUUUGUGUCAGUGGUUGGGGAUGGAGACAGGAAGAUUGCUGGGGCUGGCUGUGGAUCUAGCUCCGUUUUCAGUGAGGGACCCUGUCUCAAGGGAAUACAGCAAAGCAGGGUAAAGCGGGGGCACCAGCCUCUUCUUCUGGCAUCUGUGUGCACCCAGGCUCACUCAGCCACAUACACGAUGCAUACUCACACACUGAAACUCAAUUCAGUUUGUAGCUCUGACCGUAAGAACUCAGUGAUUUGCCUCAGUCGUGGAAUCUGUAAAAUGGCACCCCAAGGAUCCGAAAUUGGGAUGUAGGCUGACUUGAGGAUUUGAGCCUACAGCAAACAGCUUUAUGACCCCCAAGUAACUGAUGUGGCCUCUUUCAAACACAGUCUCAUCAUUGACAUGUGUAGUCUGGCCAGCAUCCCACAAAGCCAGCAAAGGCCAUCGGUUCCCAGGAAGUCAUCAGACUUGUGCAAGAGGUGACUGGCCUUAGGGGGCCUUCCCGGACACACCAUUAGGAUGAAAUGGCCCGGACAGGAUCGGGUGGACAGGAUGCUAUCUCAGCAUCCCGUAAUGUGCUGGGCCAACAGAACAUGCCCAUAAAUAGGCCAGCCUUGGAGGCACGCCAGUCUGGAGACAACUGGUCCUGGAAGCAGGUUUGUACUGGACUGGGUGAGGCAGGGGGGAGUGUACUGUUGAGGAAGGUGCAACCUCGGGUCUCUCUGGUGUGCAUGGCCCUUGUCUGGCUCACUCGAGGGUAGGGAGGGUGACCUCCAGGAACCAAGCCUGCCAACUAGGCCCAGCCACAGACAGAGCUGGUGAACUGUAUUGUCUGCGGGUCUGAGCACGAGGCUGGGUCCCAAUUGUUUGUGUGGGCUGAGGACCAAGGAGUGGGCAGCUCUGAGAAAGGGAAUACCCGGUCAUCCCCAUGAAGUGGGCCAAGGCCCAUGUCCUAAUGAUGCAGGUUAGAUACAGAGCAGAAGCUGCUGGACCUCACACAAGUGUGUCAUGAGGGAGGAGCGGGUCAGUCGGGGACAGGUGUUGUGCAGGACAGUGCAUGUGUGUGCACGCCCAUACACCCUUGCUGGCGAGCAAAUGUCUGCAGACCUGUGUCCUAGGUCUCUGCCUCCUGAGGCUAAGAGAGACUUCCAGGGUCCACUAUGCGAGAGCCUAGAACACGGUAAGCACUCAAUAGUCAGCUUCACGGUCAGGGAUGGUUUCCAAAGACCUGGCCCAUUUAAUGGCUGCUCAGUCCGUCUGUUUUUCCUGCCUGCUGUGGUCUGCUGUCCACCCUGGCUGUCCUGAGGUCCAGUCCUGGGCACUGAGGCUGCAGAGAGCCCAUAGAGAUACCCAGCCCUUUACAGGGAGCAUUUGGUUGUGUGUGUGGGGUGGGGGGAGAGUGCCAUCCAGUUUAAGUCCUUUCUUCCCUGUGUUCUCAGUAAACUGGUCUUUCAUUACUGGGCCUCUGGGAUUCCCCAGUCCCACUGACUGGCCCAGAUGCGUGGCCCAAAGCAGGUGUCCAGGAGGUGUUUGUUGACUGAUUAUAGAUCUUGGCCCUCAGUGCUGUUUGGGUGGGAACCCACCAGUCCCUGAUCCUGCUGGCCGCAGCUGGUGACCUGGUUCUCCUCCAGUUUGAGGCAGAAGUAUCCCCAGAGAGAUGGCGGAGCAGCACGGAGCACCUGAGCAGGCUGCAGCUGGCAAGAGCCAUGGAGGCCUUGGGGGCAGCUACAAGGUGACGGUGUACGAGUUAGAGAACUUCCAGGGCAAGCGAUGCGAGCUCUCGGCGGAGUGUCCCAACCUCACCGACAGCCUGUUGGAGAAGGUGGGCUCCAUCCAAGUGGAGUCUGGACCGUGGCUGGCGUUCGAGCGCAGGGCCUUUCGUGGGGAGCAGUUUGUUCUGGAGAAGGGGGACUACCCUCGCUGGGAUGCCUGGUCCAGCAGCCGACGUAGUGACAUUCUCCUGUCCCUCCGUCCUUUGCACAUUGAUGGCCCAGACCACAAGCUGCACCUGUUUGAGAACCCAGCCUUCAGUGGGCGCAAGAUGGAGAUCGUAGAUGACGAUGUGCCCAGCCUGUGGGCCCAUGGUUUCCAGGACCGUGUGGCCAGCAUCCGUGUCAUCAACGGGACGUGGGUGGGCUACGAGUUCCCGGGCUACCGUGGGCGCCAGUACGUGUUCGAGCGGGGCGAAUUCCGCCACUGGAACGAGUGGGACGCCAACCAGCCGCAGCUGCAGUCGGUGCGCCGCAUCCGCGACCAGAAGUGGCACAAGCGCGGCUGCUUCCUGAGCAGCUGAGGACUCCCGGGAGCCAACGCCUGUGUCCCCUUCCUGAACCUGCUCAAUAAAGCCCACCAGCCACGCA